GGCUUUGGGCAGUCAAGGGAACUCGUGGGCCUCCCUUUACGCGGUCUUCGAGGAAGAACCGCUGCUGGUGGCGGCUCCUGGAGGAGCCGGCCGCCACUCUGCCCUUGGCAGGAGGGGCGGCUUCGUUUACAGAGAAUUAAUUAGAGCCAACAUGGCCACAGGAGGAGGUCCUUUUGAAGAAGUCAUGCAUGAUCAGGACUUGCCGAACUGGAGCAAUGACAGUGUGGAUGACCGACUCAACAAUAUGGAGUGGGGUGGCCAACAGAAGAAGGCCAAUAGAUCAUCAGAAAAGAAUAAGAGAAAGUUUGGUGUAGCAAGUGAUAAGAGGGUAACUAACGAUAUUUCUCCGGAGUCAUCACCAGGAGUUGGAAGGCGAAGAACAAAGAUUCCACAUACGUUUCCACACAGUAGAUAUAUGACUCAGAUGUCUGUUCCAGAGCAGGCAGAACUAGAGAAACUUAAACAGCGGAUAAACUUCAGUGAUUUAGAUCAGAGAAGUAUUGGAAGUGAUUCUCAAGGUAGAGCAACAGCGGCUAACAACAAACGUCAGCUUAGUGAAAACCGAAAGCCCUUCAACUUUUUGCCUAUGCAGAUUAAUACUAACAAGAGCAAGGAUGCUACUGCAAGUCUUGCAAAAAGAGAGACGACUACGUCAGCACAGUGCAAAGAGCUGUUUGCUUCUGCUCUAAGUAAUGACCUUUUGCAAAACUGUCAAGUCUCUGAAGAAGAUGGGAGAGGAGAGCCUGCAAUGGAGAGCAGCCAGAUUGUAAGCAGGCUUGUUCAAAUUCGUGACUAUAUUACUAAAGCUAGUUCUAUGCGAGAAGAUCUUGUAGAGAAAAAUGAAAGAUCUGCCAAUGUUGAGCGUCUCACUCAUCUAAUAGAGCACCUUAAAGAACAAGAAAAGUCAUAUAUGAAAUUUCUCCAGAAAAUUCUUGCUAGAGAAAAUGAGGAGGAGGAUGUUCGGACUAUAGACUCAGCUGUGGGAUCUGGUUCUGUAGCUGAGAGCACAUCGCUAAACGUAGAUGUGCAGUCUGAGGCUUCAGAUACCACGGCCAGAGAUCCUCAGCAGGAGCCUAUGGAAGAGACAGAAAAUUUGAAGAAACAACAUGAUUUAUUAAAAAGAAUGUUACAACAGCAGGAACAGCUGCGGGCUCUACAGGGCCGACAGGCUGCUCUUCUAGCUUUGCAACAUAAAGCAGAGCAAGCUAUAGCUGUGAUGGAUGAUUCUGUUGUUACAGAAACUACAGGAAGCUUAUCUGGAGUCAGCAUCACAUCCGAACUAAAUGAAGAACUGAAUGAUUUAAUUCAGCGUUUCCAUAAUCAGCUUCGUGAUUCUCAGCCUCCAGCUGUUCCAGACAACAGAAGACAGGCAGAAAGUCUUUCAUUAACUAGAGAGAUUUCUCAGAGCAGAAAUCCCUCAGUUUCUGAACAUUUACCUGAUGAGAAAGUACAGCUUUUUAGCAAAAUGAGAGUACUACAGGAAAAGAAACAGAAAAUGGACAAAUUACUUGGAGAACUUCAUAACCUUCGAGAUCAGCAUCUGAACAACUCAUCAUUUGUGCCUUCAACUUCUCUCCAAAGAAGUGGGGAUAAGAGAAGUUCAACUGUAGCUCUCUCUGCUCCUGUGGGCUUUGCAGCAGUUGUCAAUGGAGAGUCCAGUAGUCUUAUCUCGUCUGUUCCUUGUCCUGUUGCCCCUCCAGUUUCUCAGAAUGAGGGUGAAAAUGAAAGUCAUCUAAAUCCAGCUGAAAAACUACAGAAGUUAAAUGAAGUUCAAAAGAGACUGAACGAACUGAGAGAAUUAGUUCAUUACUAUGAACAAACAUCAGAUAUGAUGACAGAUGCUGUAAAUGAAAAUACAAAAGAUGAAGAAACUGAAGAGUCAGAAUAUGAUUCUGAACAUGAAAAUUCUGAACCUGUUACUAACAUUAGAAAUCCACAGGUAGCUUCCACCUGGAAUGAAGUGAAUACUAACAGUAAUACACAGUGUGGUUCUAAUAAUAGAGACGGGAGAUCAGUUAAUUCUAACUGUGAAAUUAAUAACAGAUCUGCUGCCAACAUCAGAGCUUUAAACAUGCCUCCAUUAGACUGUCGGUACAACAGAGAAGGAGAACAGAGGUUGCAUGUCGGACGUGCUGAAGAUGAGGAAGAGGAAGUAGAAGAGGAAGGAGUCAGUGGGGCUUCAUUAUCUAGUCGUAGGAGUAGUCUGGUUGAUGAAGCACCAGAAGAUGAAGAAUUUGAACAGAAGAUUAGUAGACUCAUGGCUGCAAAAGAGAAACUUAAACAGCUCCAAGAUCUUGUUGCUAUGGUGCAGGAUGAUGAUGCAACUCAAGUGGUUGUCCCUGCCGCAUCAAAUUUGGAUGAUUUCUAUGCAGCAGCAGAAGAUACCAAACAAAAUUCCAAUAAUACAAGAGAAAAUUCUAAUAAAAUAGAUACUGGAGUAAAUGAAAAAACAAGAGAGAAAUUUUAUGAGGCUAAACUACAGCAGCAACAGAGAGAACUUAAACAAUUGCAGGAGGAAAGAAAAAAAUUGAUAGAAAUUCAAGAGAAAAUUCAAGCAGUGCAAAAGGCAUGCCCGGACCUUCAGCUAUCAGCCACUAGUAUAAGUAGUGGUCCCACAAAAAAAUAUCUACCUGCUAUUACUUCAACUCCAACUGUUAAUGAGAAUGAGAGCAGUCCAAGCAAAUGUGUUAUUGAGCCUGAAGAUUCUUCAGUGGUGGAUAAUGAGUUGUGGUCAGACAUGCGAAGACAUGAAAUGUUAAGGGAAGAGCUGCGGCAGAGAAGGAAGCAACUUGAAGCUCUAAUGGCUGAACACCAGAGGAGGCAAGGUCUAGCUGAAACCUCAUCUCCAGUGGCUAUAUCAUUGAGAAGUGAUGGAUCUGAGAACCUGUGCACUCCUCAGCAAAGUAGAACAGAAAAAACAAUGGCAACUUGGGGAGGUUCUACUCAGUGUGCAUUAGAUGAAGAAGGAGAUGAAGAUGGUUAUCUCUCAGAAGGAAUUGUUCGCACAGAUGAAGAAGAAGAAGAGGAGCAGGAUGCCAGUUCCAAUGAUAACUUCCCUAUGUAUCAUCCUAGCAUGAAUCAAAAUUCUUACAAUGUAAAGGAAACCAAAACCAGGUGGAAGAACAAUCGCCCUGUUUCAGCAGAUGGAAAUUACCGUCCUUUAGCCAAGACGAGGCAGCAGAAUAUCAGCAUGCAACGACAAGAAAACCUUCGAUGGGUGUCAGAGCUCUCUUACAUAGAAGAGAAAGAACAGUGGCAAGAACAAAUUAAUCAGCUAAAGAAACAACUUGAUUUCAGUGUCAAUAUUUGUCAGACUCUGAUGCAAGACCAGCAGACUUUAUCUUGUUUGCUGCAGACUCUUCUAACAGGUCCGUAUAGUGUUCUGCCUAGCAAUGUGGCGUCCCCUCAAGUACACCUUAUCAUGCACCAGCUGAACCAAUGCUACACACAGCUAACAUGGCAGCAGAAUAAUGUCCAGAGGUUAAAACAAAUGCUAACUGAACUUAUGCGCCAACAAAAUCAGCACCCGGAUAAGCCUAGAAGCAAAGAAAGAGGCAGUAGUGCGUCACACCCCUCUUCUCCCAAUUUAUUUUGUCCUUUCAGCUUUCCAACACAGCCUGUAAAUCUGUUUAACUUGCCUGGAUUUACUAACUUUCCAUCAUUUGCACCAGGAAUGAAUUUCAGCCCUUUAUUUCCUUCUAAUUUUGGAGAUUUUUCUCAGAAUGUUUCUACACCUACUGAACAGCAGCAGCCAUUAGUUCAAAAUCCUACAGGGAAAACAGAGUAUAUGGCUUUUCCAAAACCCUUUGAAAGCAGUUCUUCUCUUGGAGCGGAAAAGCAAAGGAAUCAGAAACAGCCUGAAGAGGAAGUUGAAAACACUAAGACACCAUGGUUAUAUGAUCAAGAAGGAGGAGUAGAAAAACCAUUUUUCAAGACUGGAUUUGCAGUGUCUGUAGAGAAAGCUGCAAAUAGUAACCGCAAAAAUCCACCAGAUACAAGCAGGAGAAGGCGUCAGUUUGAUGAAGAAUCACUGGAAAGCUUUAGCAGUAUGCCUGAUCCCAUAGAUCCAACAACAGUAACUAAAACAUUUAAAACAAGAAAAGCAUCUGCACAGGCCAGCCUGGCUUCUAAAGACAAAACUCCCAAAUCAAAGAGUAAGAAGAGGAAUUCUACUCAGCUGAAAAGUAGAGUUAAAAAUGUUGGGUAUGAAAGUGCCAGUGUGUCUAGCACAUGUGAACCUUGCAAAAGUAGGAACAGACAUUCAGCCCAGACUGAAGAGCCUGUUCAAGCAAAAUUAUUCAGCAGAAAGAAUCAUGAACAGCUGGAAAAAAUAAUAAAAUAUAGUAGGUCUGCAGAAAUAUCUUCAGAAACUGGAAGUGAUUUUUCCAUGUUUGAAGCUUUACGGGAUACUAUUUAUUCCGAAGUGGCUACAUUGAUUUCUCAAAAUGAGUCUCGUCCACAUUUUCUGAUUGAACUUUUCCAUGAGCUGCAGCUACUUAACACAGACUACUUGAGACAGCGAGCUUUAUAUGCGUUGCAGGAUAUUGUGUCCAGACAUAUUUCUGAAAGUGAUGAAAAAGAAGGAGAAAAUUUAAAGUCUGUGAAUUCUGGCACUUGGGUAGCAUCAAACUCAGAACUUACUCCAAGUGAGAGCCUUGUUACUACUGAUGAUGAAACGUUUGAGAAGAACUUUGAAAGAGAAACACAUAAAGUAAAUGAACAGAAUGAUGCUGACAACGUGAGUGUCAUGUCCGUGUCCUCCAACUUUGAGCCGUUUGCAACAGACGACCUCGGUAACACUGUGAUUCACUUGGAUCAAGCAUUAGCCAGAAUGAGAGAAUAUGAACGCAUGAAGACUGAGACAGAAAGUAACUCAAAUAUGAGAUGCACUUGCAGGGUUAUUGAGGAUGAAGAUGGUGCUGCCGCCACUACCACAGUCAGUAAUUCAGAAGAAACUCCCAUUAUUGAGAAUCAGAGUUCACCACAACCUGUAAGUGACAUAUCUGCUGUCACCUGUCCUAGAAUUGAUACUCGGCAACUGGACCGUCAAAUUAAAGCAAUUAUGAAAGAAGUCAUUCCUUUUUUGAAGGAGCACAUGGAUGAAGUAUGUUCUUCUCAACUUCUCACUUCAGUAAGACGUAUGGUUUUGACUCUUACUCAACAGAAUGAUGAGAGCAAAGAGUUUGUGAAGUUCUUUCAUAAACAACUAGGAAGUAUAUUGCAGGAUUCACUAGCAAAAUUUGCAGGCAGAAAACUGAAAGACUGUGGAGAAGAUCUUCUUGUGGAGAUAUCUGAAGUGUUGUUUAAUGAAUUGGCUUUCUUUAAGCUCAUGCAAGAUCUGGAUAAUAAUAGCAUAGCUGUUAAGCAGAGAUGCAAGAAGAAAAUUGAAGCGGCUGGAGUAAUACAGUCUUAUGCAAAAGAGGCCAAAAGGAUUCUUGAAGGAGAUCACGGCUCACCUGCUGGAGAAAUUGAUGAUGAAGACAAAGACAAGGAUGAGACUGAAACUGUUAAGCAGACUCAGACUUCAGAUGUAUAUGAUGCUAAAGGUCCCAAAAAUGUAAGAUCUGAUGUUUCUGAUCAAGAGGAAGAUGAAGAAAGUGAACGGUGUCCAGUGUCUAUUAAUCUAUCUAAAGCUGAAAGUCAGGCUUUAACUAAUUAUGGAAGUGGAGAAGAUGAGAAUGAGGAUGAAGAAAUGGAAGACUUUGAAGAGAGUCCCGUAGACGUCCAGACUUCACUUCAGGCUAACACUGAAACGACAGAAGAAAAUGAACAUGACAGUCAGGUUCUGCAACAUGAUCUUGAAAAAACACCAGAAAGUACAAAUGUACCAUCAGACCAAGAAGCAACUAGUAAGAAUGAUCAAGACAGCUCUCCUGUGAAACCUUGUUAUCUCAAUAUCUUGGAAAAUGAACAACAUUUAAAUAGUGCUAUCCAUAAGGACUCAGUCACUACUACUGAUUCAUCUAAACAGCCUGGCCCUGUGCCGUUACCCUUGACUGCAAAUGAAACCUUAGUGCCUAGAGUCAAAGAAGUUAAAUCUGCUCAGGAAACUCCAGAGAGCUCUCUGGCUGGAAGUCCUGAUACCGAAUCUCCAGUGUUAGUGAAUGACUAUGAAGCAGAAUCUGGUAACAUAAGUCAAAAGUCUGAUGAAGAAGACUUUGUGAAAGUUGAGGAUUUGCCGCUCAAACUGACAGUUUAUUCAGAGGAAGAGCUGAGGAAGAAAAUGAUAGAAGAAGAACAGAAAAACCAUUUAUCUGGUGAAAUAUGUGAAAUGCAGACUGAAGAAUUAGCUGGAAAUUCUCAGAUACUCAAAGAACCUGAAACAGUGGGAGCCCAGAGUAUAUGAAAUGUCUUCAGAGACUCAUCUCUCUUACAUAGUCAGCACAUUAAAAAAAAAAGACACUAAAUAAACAUUUGUUUUGAUCUGUAUAAAAUGUAAAUUAGUUUGACACUGCAUUUUUGAUGGGUGUGCUAAUUUCUGCCCAUGGCAGUUAAAAACAUUUAGAAUCUGAAUCCUGCACAGAUUCAAACCUUGACACACUGUGGGAUUUUUCUUUUGCUUUUAUUAUUAUUUUUUCUUAUGAUCUUGCCCCCACCCCUCAUUGUGACAUUUGGUGUGUUAACUUUAAAAUGUAGUUUUAAAUAAAGUUUGAAACUUAUCUGUAAAGUAUGCUUUUGGAAAAUUUUUGUUGAAUUUUAUGCAGCAAAUUGUUGUUUUAUGUAACAACACUAUUCAGAAACAGCAGUGGUCAAGAAUUUGAGAAAUUCUUACUUCUUCUGAUUCUUACUUAUUCUAAAGCUCUGCCCUAGACCAGUCUUCCAAAUAAUGUCAGUGCUGCUGCUGUUGGGUCUGAUGUUCUUAUAGUUCCUGCUUCUGUGUAAGAAUAAAGCAGAUUAUAAAGGUAACCAGGGAUCUGAGUGGUCUUAGAACAUGUUAACAACUCAGACUGUGUACAGAGUUUCGACACUGUUAGUAACUAGAACUUAACAAAAUUAUCUAUUAGAUUAAUAUUUUUCAGAAUUGAAAAUCCUGUUUUAUGUUGCCUCAUUCUAAAUAUUUAAAAAAAAAAGCUUUAUAUGUAUUUCUGUACAGGCAAGUAUCAUUCUAAUUAAUUUAAAAUUAAAAAAACAAGUUAGGAUAAACAGAGCUAAAUUUAUGUAACAAACAUUAAGAUUUUUAAUGCUUAUAGACAAACAUGCCUUUUGAGAUGAUAAUUUAAAACCAAAGCCUAAUAGUUGUUUUUGUGUGUUUUGAGAGAGAAGCAAGUUUAAGUGUUCCAUGAGUUGUCCAUCAUUAAGUAAACCAACUUUUAAAGAGUGCUUUGCCUUCUGAUUCUCUGUAUACUUACCAUCUCUCGUAAUAUUGCAGAGCCAGUCAACGAUGAAUAUGUCAAUCUUGGAGACUUUUACUUGAAAAAGUAGUAGUGUGAAGGACUAAUUGUUCAUUCCAAGUAUUUGCUUAAAUUUUUAAGUAGUUGUCUGUAAUACUCUAUAAGAACUUAUUUGAUAUUCCUUUAAAAUUCUCACUUGCAGCUGGGCAGUAGUGACACUUGCCUUUAAUCCCAGCACUCCAGAGGCAGAAGCUGGUUGAGCUCUGAGUUUGAGGCCAGCCUGGUCUAGAGAUUGAAUUCAGCCAAUGUUGCAUAAAGAAAUCAAGUCUCGCAAACCAAAAUAAAUACUAAGAUUAUCACUUACUUGAUAGCUUAAUAUAAAUGUCCAGUCAGUAAAUAACAAAUGAUGAAUUUUUUCUGAGGACUUUUAUUGUAUUGUUACUUAAUUUAAAUUAGAACCAGAUUUCUCAAACUUCAUUAAAAUUUAUUUGCAAAACUUCUAAUCCAGAAUUUACCCAGUUGGAUAGACUUCAGGGACAUUAGACCAGUAAUUUAUAUUAUAUGUACAAACAUGUUGUGUCUUUUCUAGGCUCAAAACAAGAGACUUCAUUUUAAUCCUCAAGCCAGGCCUUACAUACUGCAGCGCGCUCCCCCUCCCUUUCCUGCUCUCUCUGCAUGUAUCCAGUGGAUGGGCUGUAUUUAAUGUUAGCUACUACCAUAGCACCUGUGAGCUCUGUCAAACAAGUUUAUCUGACUUAUGUUCUACCUGCUGUCUAUAUCUAGCUCGUUGUUUUCAUGUUUUAGUGAGUAAUUUAGUUUUAAUAUACCCAGAGAUUGGGAACAAGCAAUGUGUGUAACAUGUUUGUUCUAGUAAGUAUUGUUCAGAAGGAAGUUAAAGUAUUUCUGUUUGUAUUAAUUUUAAGUUAAAACUUUGGUUAGUGAUAGAGGGAGAAAAAAAAAAUCCCAAUAAAUAAGAUACAACUCUAUGUAGAUGGAGAUAAUGCUACCAUAAUAAACUACCCAGACUGUGGAGGAGGUACUCUGUAUUUUGUAACAUUCACUUUGGGUAAAUGCUUUUUCACUGUUAAUAAAUAUAUAUCCUACAUAAA